AUGAAAGAAAUAGAACUUGAUUCUAUUUUGAAUAUCAAUUUUAGCAAAAAACGAUGGGUUGAUCAAAUCAGCAAGAAUUUCAAUGAAGAGGUUGGCAUCGAUGUAAGCCACGUCCCAGUUUGCGUGUUCAAUGUCCCAAAGUCCAUAAGUCGUUUUAAGCCUGAGGCGUAUGUGCCUCAAGCUAUCGCGCUUGGCCCUUAUCACCACUUCGAGACUCAUCUCUACCAAAUGGAGAGGUACAAAGUGGCUGUUGUUAAAGCAUUCUUGAACCCUAACCAAGUCCACUCGUUCGAGCCUUUGGUGAUUGAUAAACUCAAAAGGGCGGAGCCUUUGCUUCGUGCAUGUUACCACAAGUAUCUAGACCUUAAUGGUGACAUGUUAGCAUGGAUCUUUGCGAUAGAUGGCUUGUUUUUACUUGAUCUUUUUAAGCAUUAUGGUGAAAUGGAGCAAUUCAUACCUAAAAAACUGAUGAAGUAUGAAACACUCUAUAGAGACAUGAUGGUACUUGAAAACCAAAUCCCCAUGGUGAUCUUGAAUGAAAUACAAAAGAUCAUCAAUGGUGAUCUUGAGUUACUCCCCAUGAUGAUUGGAUAUUGUGAGGUACACUCUCCCCUUAAAUUAACUCGCGAUUUAAAUUCUAACAUUGGAGACACAAACUAUUUGCAUUUGCUUGAUCUUAUGUAUCACUUAAUUGUCGACAACGAAUUGCCUAGAAAAUAUUAUCAGCAAGAGUCAUGUCAUGAGCAACGAGCUAAUUACAUGCAUGAGAUAACAAGAAAACACCAUGUUAUUACAAACAUGGAAGAUAUAAAGGAAAUUGGGCAAAAGUUGGGUAAGUUUAAAAAAUUUGGGAAUAUGGUAAGUGUCAUAGUAAGCAUCCCAUGGGAGAAGAUUUCUGACUUACUAGGGUUAAAUAUAGGCAAAAAGUUAGACAAAGAAGAUGGUGAUGAUCUUCCGCGUGUCACGGAGAUUGAUAUCCCUUCGGCAUCAUCUUUAAGCAAAUAUGCGUACAUCAACUUUAAGGCUUCGGACGGAGGAAUUAGGGACACCAAAUUUGUAGCAAGCAAGGCCGUUUUGUACCUUCCAGUCAUUACUCUAGAAACCUACUCAGAAGUUGUGUUGAGAAACUUGGUUGCCUAUGAAAUCGCGAUUGCGAGUUCAACAAUGGAAUUGGCACACUAUGUUGAUUUGAUGAGUGGGAUUAUAGACACGGAGGAAGAUGUUAUGUUGCUCAAAAGUAAGGGGAUAAUCAAAGGUAGCAUGACGAACAAAGAAAUUGUAGAUUUGUUUAAUGGGAUGAACAAGUGGAAUGAGCAUGCAAGGGGUAAUCGGACCGUUAAGAAACUUAACGAGUACUACAACAAACAAUUGGCGAUUAAGGCAUGGAAGUUUAUAAAGAAACGCAUGCGUGGUUCACGUAAAGUGUUGACUGUUGUUUUUGCACUUUUGGCUUGCUUGUUGAUGAUUGUGUACUCGUUUUGUGAAGUUUAUGGUUGUCCUAAGUUAUUUAACAAAGUAUCUUAG